AUGAAUACCCCACCAACAAACGAACCACCUGACACAUCUCGACCUCGGCAGGCGACACCAGAAACCACACCCUAUGACCCAGCUGAGUCGAUCGGAACGUAUGCUAGCAUUUGCAAUGAGUCGAUUUACAUGAUCCCGACAUGCCGUGGGGUGGCUUGCACCGGUAGUGGCAUGUUCCCAAGGGGCAUGGAAUGUCCCCUUUACGGCGACGUUGGCGCGUCCAACUGUUCUGGACGAUACUGCACAGCCCCUGAAGACGGGCGGUGCCAAAUGAUCAAAGCCAACACGUGGGGCUGCGUGUUUCCGUUGAUCAUGGACGCGUUCCGCAGCCUCCAAGUCGGCGCGUCGUUCAACUCGAAGCGCUUUGAGAAGGACAUCAAGUUGUUCAAAAACAAGAAUGGCCCCACUGGCACAGGUGUCACCAACACCAACAUUGGCGCCGUCGACUUUUUUGGGUUUGACAAAAAAACGCCUAUCGCAACCAAGAAGGUAGCCGCGCCACCACCUCGCAAGGACCGGUCGGCCAGCAUGGACGUGCCGCUGUGGGCUGGGGCAGGUGAAGUCGCCCCCGUCCAAAAGGAAGGCAGCAAGCAGCGCCGAAAGCGAAAGUUGAGCGAAGAUGCGUUGGCAGAAGCUGUCGUGUCGGACCAAGAUCGCAAGGCAGUGUCCCAGUUGCUUGUCCCAACGACCAGUACCGUUACCACCAGUCCCAAAUCCAAGAAAAAGCACAGAAAGAAACGCACACAACGCACGGCGUCUCAGGAUUUGAGUGGCGACAGCGACGACGACGACGACGACAACGAUACCGAUGAUAUGACGGUUUUUGGUAAACCAACGUCCACAGAAACCUCCGCCACCACCCCCCACGAGCCCAAAGCGGUCUCCCAUGCCGACGACAUCAAGGCACUGCGUCGCCGACUCAACAUCACCGUGGAAGGCACGGUGGUGCCCGAUCCAAUUUUGGAGUUUGCGCAGAUGAGAACCACCGCCACGGCGCUCAAAACGGUGCUGUUGCGGAACAUAGAAGAUUCUCAAUACAAGAACCCGACGCCGAUUCAGAUGCAGUCGAUUCCGUCCAUCCUCAAACAGCGAGAUGUGCUGGGGAUUGCCCCUACGGGGUCGGGGAAGACGGCUGCCUUUGCCAUCCCCAUGCUGCUCAACCUGGGCGCGCCCGACUUGAAGGGCAUUCGAUCGAUUGUGCUGGUCCCGACACGGGAACUUGCCGUGCAAAUCCACGGCGAAUUUCAACGGUUGGCACUGGGCCGCAAGUUUCACAUUGUGCUCUUGUCCAAAGCCAGCGCUGCUACCAUUACAUCCCAUUCCAAGACGUGCACGGUCAACUAUGACGUCGUGAUUGCCACCCCAUUGCGCUUGGUGCAUCUCAUUACGAACGACAACGUCAAGCUCGACUCGGUCGAGAUGAUUUGUUUGGACGAAGCAGAUCGUUUGUUCGACAUGGGCUUUGUGGAGCAAAUUGACGACGUGUUUGCAGCGUGUACGAACCCCAAGAUGCAGCGCAUGAUGUUCAGCGCCACCAUGUUGCAGGGCGUCGAGGAAAUGGCGCAGUCCGUCUUGAAAGACCCGAUCAAGAUUUCAAUUGGGACCAAGAAUGCAGGGGCCACGACGAUCAAUCAAAAACUCAUGUUUGUGGGCAAAGAAGAAGGCAAACUAGUUGCGAUGAAACAGUUGAUUCAAGAGGGGUUGAAAUUGCCAGUACUGCUGUUUGUCCAAAACAAGGAUCGCGCCAAGCAGUUGUAUCAGGAACUGGUAUAUGACGGCAUCAACGUUGGAGCCAUCCAUGCCGACCGUACCAAGGAACAACGAGACAAAGUGAUCAAGGACUUUCGCACGGGCACGGUGUGGGUGCUCAUUUGUACCGACUUGAUGAGUCGAGGGAUCGAUUUCAAGGGGGUCAACAUGGUUAUCAACUACGAUUUUCCCCAGAGUGCGGUGAGCUACAUCCAUCGCAUUGGUCGCACUGGGCGCAAUGGCCGACAAGGCGAGGCCGUGACGCUGUUUACGGAAAACGACAUGGUGCAUUUGCGCACGAUUGCCAACGUGAUGAAGUUAUCUGGGUGCGACGUGCCUGCGUGGAUGCUCAACCUCAAGAAAGCCAGCAUGCGUCAACGCAAACAACUGCUCAAGGCGCCACCUGAGCGAUACCGCAUUGAAACAGUGUCUGGCUAUGACUUGCAAAAAGCCAACAAGCGAAGGUCACAUCGCUUAAAUAUAUUGUCAACUACUGUAGUACAGUACCUUCAUUUUUGAAUUGUAGGCUCAUGAAAGCCAAGGCGGAUGGGACCGCCGCCGCCGACGAUGCUACGGCCGACGAGUAGGCGCAUGAGUUACAUCACUCUGUCACGACGAGAAAUCGAGUUGCCGAAUAGCACAUCAUGUCAGACAUCAUGCUGUUUCGCUCGUUUUAAAGGAAUACCUACGAAAAUAAUCCAAUACUAGUACA